AAAUCUAAUCGCCAAUCGCUAGUGUGAUACGCGGUCUGUUCUUUUCAGCUGCACUGUUGCACAGAUAUAUUUUAUUCUACUGUAACUUAUUGCACCAGUGCAGCAGUGCAGCUGAAAGGAACAAACCACUGGGCAGAAAAUCGUCGCCAAUCGUCGCGUCUCCACUUCGACGUAUGACGACUUUGACGCUGCUUGUAGAGAUUAUUCUUUUUUUGGGUGUUAUGUACCAUUAUCAAUAGUGGAUAACACACAGCAGCGAUAAAGACUCGCUCUGUAACACAACGGGGAUAAAUAAUGCAGACUAUUACCUUAGAAACUAGUCGAGAUCUUAGAACAUAACCUUGCGCUUUCCAAUGACAGAACGCUUAGCAAUAGAAUUAUCGUAAAGUCGAGUAACGUGAACUGACUGCAAUUAUAGACAUGAUUAAGGCAAUUUUGGUCUUCAAUAACCAUGGAAAACCUCGUCUGUCGAAGUUUUACCAAUAUUUUAACGAGGAUAUGCAGCAGCAGAUAAUAAAAGAAACAUUCCAACUUGUCUCAAAAAGAGACGACAAUGUAUGCAAUUUCCUGGAAGGUGGCAGUUUGAUUGGUGGAUCUGACUACAAACUGAUCUACCGACACUAUGCCACACUUUACUUUGUGUUCUGUGUUGAUAGUUCAGAAUCAGAAUUAGGAAUCUUAGAUUUGAUACAAGUCUUUGUUGAGACUUUGGACAAAUGUUUUGAGAAUGUGUGCGAGCUCGAUCUCAUUUUCCAUGUGGACAAAGUUCAUUAUAUACUCAACGAAUUGGUAAUGGGUGGUAUGGUUCUUGAAACCAACAUGACUGAAAUCCUCACAAGGAUUGAAGAUCAAAAUAAAUUAGAAAAGCAAGAGGCGGGAAUCACGGCAGCGCCAGCGCGUGCUGUCUCAGCCGUGAAGAAUAUGAAUAUACCACAACAAAUAAAGGAUAUGAAGCUGCCUGACUUGCCGCAAGCUAUAAAAGACCUCAAAUUCUGACCAGCCGUUACUUCGUUGGCUCCCAGCUGACUGGUCUCUUCUGUCAUCCCAACCGACACCACCACCACCACCACCACCACUACCACCAACACCACCAUCGCGCCGAGGACAUUUUUCCCUUCCCUUCAAGCAAGCGAGAAUGCACCAAUGCUGCCCGCUACCUCCGCGUAUAUCCCGUCGCAACGAUACCAGAGUUAAAGAUGAUGGAAAGAGCCGCUAACACCAUCUUUCUUGGACUAUGGUUUAUAUUGAUAGAAAAAUAAAUGGAGAGAGAGAAAGAGAGGAAAAGAGAAAAAAUACCUAUAUAUGUACAUUUAUAUAUAUAUAUAUAUAUAUAUAUAUAUAUAAGUUGAGUCCUGAGAAAAUUUAUAUGUACAAAAGAGAAAAAGAGAAAUCAGGCAAUUGUGAAGAUAGUCAUUGCAAUUUUAUACGUAAAAGAAUGCUAGAGAAAGUAUAUAUAAAAAAAAGACAUCAGAUCUCCACGAAUUCAACUAAGAUAUUAUCAGUUUUCCACUGUUUGAAAUAGUCUAGCGCAUUUUGCACGAGAAACUCUCAUCAGAAAUACAAAGCACCAAUAUGUUAAAUUGUAACAAAAAUAUAUUUAAUGCAAAAGCUA